ACCCGCGGGCACGCGCGGAGGAAGUGCCGUCUUCGUCGCCGCCUGAGCCGCGCGGGCCGCGAUGUCGUCCCGGCCCCGGCACGCCGACCCGGGGGCCGGGAGCGCACGGCGGGCGCGAGAGCCGCGGGAGCAGGAGCUGCAGCGGCGCCAGGAGCAGAAGCGGCGGCGACAAGACGCGCAGCAGCUGCAGCAGCUCAAGCACCUGGAGUCCUUUUAUGAGAAACCUCCUCCUGGGCUUAUCAAGGAAGAUGAGACCAGGCCAGAAGACUGUAUACCAGAUGUACCGGGCAAUGAACAUGCCAGGGAGUUUCUGGCUCACGCGCCGACAAAAGGACUUUGGAUGCCGCUGGGGAAGGAGGUCAAAGUUAUGCAAUGUUGGCGUUGUAAACGGUAUGGUCACCGAACGGGCGACAAAGAAUGCCCUUUCUUUAUCAAAGGCAACCAAAAGUUAGAACAGUUCAGAGUAGCACAUGAAGAUCCCAUGUAUGACAUCAUACGAGAGAAUAAAAGACAUGAGAAGGAUAUAAGGAUACAGCAGUUAAAGCAACUAUUGGAAGAUUCCACCUCAGAUGACGAUGGAAGCAGCUCCAGCUCCUCAGAGGGUAAGGAGAGACACAAGAAAAGGAAGAAGAAAGAGAAGCAUAAGAAAAAGAAGAAAGAGAAGAAGAAGAAGAAACGAAAGCAUAAGUCUUCCAAGUCACACGAGAGCUCGGACUCAGACUGACGGGAAUUAGGCUUGUUCAGACCCUCAUCUGGGAGAUCAGACACAGGGACCAAAGAGCAGGGGACCGUGGGGUCAGAGAGGACACCGAGGAGGGUGUCUGGUGCCACACCCGUGUGUUCUCGCCUACCUUCCAGGGAAGGUGUGGCCAGCGGAGCGGGACUCGCACCCUCCCAGGUGCUCGCUCAGGACAACUGCCAACUUCUGGCAGGAAAGCUCUUGCAGUGUCGUCCUGCUGGUCACUGGGGUUGGCGAUUCCUGAGAAAUGGCAGGGCGGCGGGACUGAGGGGGUCUCUGAGGACGCCCCUCCAGGCGCCGUCACCUUCCACGGCGAGGCUGCUGAGCUCCCAGACUGCAGGCUGGACCUUCCUCUGUUGC